CGCGCGACGGCGUGGGGCUGCCUAGAGGAGAGCCGAGCAGUCGAUGAGAGUCCAUGGGAGUCGAGGGCGCGGAUAGCGGAAGUGGACAGGCAGCCGGAAGUAGCUGGAAUCACAGUGGGCUUGAGCGACUGACAGGGUCCUGAGGCUCGAAGAGGAGGAGGCAGCCAUGGAAUUGGGCGAGCAGCUGUACAACAAGUCCGAGUACAUCGAGACGGCAUCUGGGAACAAAGUUAGUCGCCAGUCUGUUUUGUGUGGCAGUCAGAACAUCGUUCUCAAUGGCAAGACCAUUGUAAUGAAUGACUGUAUCAUCCGCGGAGAUCUGGCGAAUGUGAGAGUUGGACGGCACUGUGUUGUAAAAAGCCGUAGUGUCAUAAGGCCACCAUUCAAGAAAUUCAGUAAAGGUGUUGCAUUCUUUCCUCUACAUAUUGGGGACCAUGUCUUUAUUGAGGAAGACUGUGUGGUCAACGCUGCUCAGAUCGGUUCUUAUGUUCACGUUGGGAAGAACUGUGUGAUUGGGCGCCGGUGUGUCUUGAAAGACUGCUGCAAAAUUCUUGACAAUACAGUAUUACCUCCAGAAACUGUGGUCCCACCAUUCACGGUCUUCUCAGGCUGCCCAGGACUCUUCUCAGGGGAGCUCCCAGAGUGCACACAGGAGCUGAUGAUUGAUGUCACCAAGAGCUACUACCAGAAGUUUCUGCCCCUAACACAAGUCUAAUCUCUGCUUUAUAUAUUGAAUUCUUUUGAACUCUACUAUGAUGAACUUGGAGAUAAAGUGAGUGGUCAGUAACUACAAGA